AUGGGUGACGCUGGGAUGGCACGUUUGCCACCCACAGAGCAUCCCCCGCUACGCAACGAGGCGUGGGGUAAACCAACAGUCACAAAAGGCUCUCUGACUCCUGCAUUAGAACUCCCUCUGACCAAUGGAUUUUCUUUGCACUUCUUCAUAUGGUUAGGAAACUGGCGAUUUGGACCUAAAGAUCACGUAUCAGACAGUAAGCUCACCUACUUGCUAUACGGUAAUGUGCCUGCUCUAGGCGCCGGAUAA